UAUAAAGCUGCAUUUUUCACUUAAAGUUUCUCUUCUUGCUGUUCUAUUGAAUAAUAACACAAAGUACUAUCUUCCAAAUAAUGCAGUGUCAGGACACCAAUAUCAAUGAAGUUCUUCCCGCGUUUCUUCUUGCUCUACUUCUUGGUGUUCCACAUUUUAUUUCUUCUCAUACGCAUACUGCUUCUCUUAUCUCGCCCUAAUGACAACCGCUGCAUUCAUGCAUCACUUGAUUCUAUACUUCUGGAAGCGUUUUGAGGCACCUGCUCUUCAAAGCCGACAGUCACACCUUCAGCAACACCCAGACUUCCACAUCACUUCCUCAACACUUCACAUCACAAGGCUGAACAGAACAACAAGAAACCGAUCUCCAUCUGGUCCAAACUACACAGUCCCAACUCAAAACACUGAAACAAGAUCUCCAGAAGCAGCGGAUGGAGACGAGAAUCCGGUGCAACAUCAAGAGAGAGAAGAGAACAGAGCAAACAACAACAUUCCCGCAGAGCCGCCUAACCCACAAGCAGGAGCAAUGAGCUCUUUCAGCUCGAUGCUGCUAUGGAUUUUAGGCGGUGCUUCCUCAGAAGGACUUAAAUCGUUUCUUUCCAGGUUUAGAGAUGUGAGAGAUGAAGAUGAAGCUCAAGUGUUUGCUGAUGCUUCCACUCAAAAUCCUCAUCAUGAUCCUCUUUGAGUCGACUAAGAGUUUCUUCCUUUUGUUUGAUGUACAUUGUAUCUCUUUUUUUUGCCUCUGUUUUCUUUUCUUGUUCCUUGUUCGCUUGUAUAGUCACUGGCCAAAGAAACAAGCAUUUGCCGGAUAUAAACAAACAAGAUGGACAAAGUUUGGUAAAAAGAGAGAAAAAGGGUUGGC